AUGACUCCUCCUCCGCUAGGAGAAGGCCACGGUGGUAGACGACCUCGUCGUGAGUCUCGAGCCCUUCUCGAAGGUAUUAUCAAACACAACUCACGCGACGCCAAUUUUACAAACAGUGUUUCCUCCGGUAUCCCACUACCCGCUCCCGACCUUUCGAACUUGGCUGCAAGAAAUGGCCCAUUCUCACACAUUCGGAUCAUUCCUAAGCCCCCUGUGGAAGAGACCCCAGAACAAAGAAUGCAACGGACCAACCCGUUCACCUUUAAGAAGCCGUCAUUUUCAGAGGAAGCAGAAGCCAACGUGUCUUCUCACCCCAACCCGUACAAUUGGCAAGUUAACCUAGCCAACGCAUCUGACGGAGCGUCGUUUGCACAGAAAGCACGCGCUGCCGAAUUGAACGCUGCCAGAGCACGACGAGCCGCCCAAAUGCAGUCCAUUGACGAUGAAAUUCCUGAUCUGUCAGGGGCUGUCAGCCUUGGAACGUAUAAAUUCACGCGGCGUGGUCGAGGCAAGAAGUAUGAGACACAUAAGCUAAGCGAGCUCCAAGAAAUCCAGGAAAAGGAAGGCGAAAACAAAGUGACGGAACCCGCGUCAACUUCAUCCGUUCACCCACUCUUCAGUCCUCCAUCACCCACCACACUUUCAUCCUCUCAACUUCCCGAACGCCCUCAUCAUAUCGAGGCCGAGCUUGACGACAGGAUCCUCAACCACUUGGACAACCCAAGCCCUGACAGACGUGGCUCCCACGAGCCUGAUCUACCUCACUGCGACGAGCUUGGCCCAUCUCAUUACGCCACGAAACUUCCGAGCCCCAUCCGCUCCAGCUACGCUGACAGACGGAGCUCUCAAGCGUCUGGCCAAGCUAACUCCUCUUUUCCGCCCGCACAAGAUCACCGCUCAAGUCAAGACUUCAGCGCCUUGAUCCAACAAGACACGCUAAGCUCGCAACCCUCUGGACAAGUCCAUUCUUCAUUUCCCCCCAAGUAUUACGGUUCGACUCAACAUUUUAGCGCCACGAUCAACCCACAUAGUCAAAGCUCACUACCAGCGUCUAGACAAGCUCAUAAUUCAUUCCAGCUCCAAGGUCAUAGCUUGAAUCAUAACUCCUACACCCCCGUCAACACCGACAGACGAAGCUCACAAGUGUCUGGACAGACUCAACCUUCCUUUCCGCUCCCGGCUCGCCAUUUAGAUGCUUCUCAACAGUACGGCCAGUUUGCGAAGAGCUUAACCGCCUUGAUCAACACUGAUAGACGAGGGUCGAAAAAUUCCGGACAAGCGGCUUUUCCUUUUACACCUCAAGAUUUUCAGCAACGUAUUCUUGACCCGUACCGUGAGAUCGAGAGCAAGGCCAACGGUUCGCUUGCCGCGCACAGACAAAGCUCGCAAGCAAGCAGUCAAGUUCAUCGUCCAGCAUCGCCCAAAGCUUACUCCGCACCCCGAUCUUUGCCACUUUCAGACACCCUGCCAACAGCCACCUUCAACCUUGAGACUAAUCAGUGGGAUCCUGAUUUACCCGAAGCCAACAUGGCCACUCAGACCCCAACAAACAAGUCCACUCGCGGUGGCCACUCUGGCCAGCAAUCAUCUCGUCAGUCCUCUUCACGAAAUUCACACGCGAGCCAGGAUGUUCACAAUCCUCAUGCUAUUGUCACCACCACAAAGAGUGGUCGCCCUUACACCAACCCAUACAUGCCAACUGAUCCACCGCCGUCUACAGCUCGUCAGAUUACGAGGGAGUCCCCAUCUGGAAACAUCAAUCUGGACACUCAAUACGAUGAUCCAGACAUGGUGCAGCGCCAACGCAAGAUGCGAUACAUGGAUCAAGAAGAAGCUCGAUACCGAGCUCUAGAACUAGCUAAGCAAGAGCAAUCCGAAGAAUACCUCGAUGAUCCUUUCCAGGACCAACCCACACACAUUCAGCACUAUGGGCGUAAUCAGCCAUCUAAAUACGCCGAAUAUGCAGCACAACAAGCGGUCUAUGGUCAAUCGCCGGAUUACGGACAUCAGCCAACACUCACUACUUAUGCCUCAGAUCCUAGUGCGUCGUCGUUCCUCUCAAACGCUCAGCAAGUUACACAUGCUCCGAAUGCUGGAAUGUCCCCCUAUCGUGGCCAGCAGUCGGCCUACGAGCAACAAGCUUUCGUCAAUAAUCGUGACCAGAACCCUGGAGCAGGUCCGCAUGAGCUCCGCGCAGCAUUCGAACAACAACUUGUAAGUAAACCUCGUGCGUCCGUACGACUGCCAGCUGUGAGAGGCACCAUUGAUCAGCAAAAGGAAUUUCUACAAGAACCAAAACUUGAAAGCUUGUCGCUGGAAGACUACACUGGCAAGAUUGCUCAAGACCAACGCCGUCGUCCCACACAAGGCGGUGUCCAGCCGCCUUCUGGCAGAUUAUCUCACGCAGUCCCCAUUCGAGAUCCUGCCGCCUAUACCGGCUCAGGCCUGACUAUGAGACGAAAUCAAGAAGCGUUGAGGCAAAACCUCGACACGGUCGUUGCAUCUUCCCAAGGGCCUACAGGAUCUGCUAGGACUGUGAUGAAUGAUCCUCACCGAGAUCGCCAGCCUUCAAGUAGGCCUUCGUCUACGGUCACAGAUACUACUGUCACUGGAUCUACGCUUCGGGCUCAAGCUCCUAGCUACGAGUCCAUUACCACACAGCGUCCGGUCACAACGAAUCCGGCUUUCAUGAAGCCAAGACCAGAUACAAGUCGUCGCCAAGGGAGAGCAGCGCUCGGUGAGAGCGACCAUCUACCCUUGCAAUAUUAUGCGGGUGACAUGCUCAAAAGCCCUGAGCGCGCCACUGCAGCUACUGAGAUUACUGGUCUUCGUGAGCCCUAUCGAGCUCCUGCGGCUCCCCCCGGUUUUGGCCACGAUGCCGCUGCCUACACCAAGAAUGCGGGACUCCCGGCUGCGGCCAUUGGCGCUGGCAACGCGUUCAUGAAUGAGAUCGCCAAAGGGGCCCCGCCCAAACGAAACCCUCAGCAACGCUUGGAAGAGGCAGCCACAUGGUUCCGCACUGAUCCUCGCGAUCUCUCAUACGCGGCGGCGAUUCUUCCUCGUCAGACAAUGAAUAGAAUGAAUCCGGAACGUUUCCCUCUCGAAGACGCAGCUCCUCGUACCGUCAGUCAACUUGCAGACAAUUCCGAGGAUGACGACCCCAGCGAUCGAGCUCGUCAAGCCGCGACCCCAAGACCUAUUGGUCACGGUCGUCCACCUGGAUUCACCACGCCACCUAGCAAUCAUGGUCCGACGCGAGCUGCAACUCAAGCUCCCUUCUCCACCCUUGCCGGCGUUACUUCAGUCAAUGACACAGAGGGGAUGGUGCGCUCAGCCCGCGAGUUCCUUGACGAUGACGCACGAGCGAUAGAAGCGAUGUUCGGUGGAGUCUACAGCAACCUCAUGGCCGGCAUGAAUGGCCCAUAUGACUACAUGAACCACUACGCUCCUCCUCCAGCCUACGCGAUCGACCAUAACGCCAAGAACGACCACACGUUCUUCGACCCCCAGUGGUUCGCUACUGCCCCUCCAGCGAGGGUUGGCAGAGAUCCACGUCGCGAGCAAGGCGAGUACGAGGACCCGACCCAAGGAAGUGCUAGCCGUCGCGGAGAUCACGCUCGUGGUGAAGUCAGUGGACGUGACAGCGGUGGACGUGGUGGUAGUGGAGGUCGUGCUUGGGGGAGGAAUUGA